AUGGUUGUGGAAAACGUGGAUAAAGAGUUGGAUAAGAAAGAGAUUCUAAGGAAGAAGGUUGUGGAAAGCGUGCAUAAGGAAGAGAUUUUGAAGGUGAAAACGCUGAAAAAAGAAACAACUAAUUAGCAAUUUUAAUUUGAUUUUCCCUAUCAUUCGUAUUUACCUGUUGACGAUGAUGGAACAUUUUGUUUCAGAACACUUUUUAAUUUUUUUGUUUGUUCUUCCGCGCCUGAUUUAUCACUUUGACUUGCAGAAUUUUCGGAAUCUUUAUCCUUUUUUUGUUUCUUCUGAAAUUAGUUAAUAUGGUUAGAAAGAAAAAAAAAAUGAUAGGAAUAUAAAAGACAAAUACGUUACUUUCUUCUUUUUCUCUUUUUUCGAUCUUUUCUUUUUUGAUUUUUUGGUUUUUUUAUCCUUCUUCCCAUCUUUCGAAUCCUCUUCUGAACUCAAUAUUUCAACAGUACCAUCUACUUUAUUGCUUUUUUUUUCUUCUUUUUUUGUAUCCACGUUUGUCACUUCAUCUAUUUUAAUCUCAUUGUUCUCCACUUUUAUCUUGACAUGGAAAACGAAUUUUAGUCGAUUCUAUUCUCACAAAAGAAUAAUGAAAUUUUCAGUGAAUUUUACCUUUAUCCUGUCGAAUAAUUCAUCUAAUAGACGAAUACUUUCAAGCUGCCUUUGUGCUUUGAUUAAUUUUUGACCUUCCCUAGCGAUCUUCAUAGAUACUUUAUCCUCUUCCUUCUUUCGAAAUAUCGUUAUAGCUUUACGUUUACGUUUCUCUUCUCGUUUUUUCCGUCUAUUUUCUUUAGCUAUCGCAUCGGCUUCUUCUUUCUUCCUGGUAGAAAUAAUUAACGAAAUAUUACACGUAUGUGAAUUUACAUUCACCCAUUACAAAUACUAGUUACUAGUGGCUAGUUACUUCAGUUCUUCACGGCGUUUCUCUUCGGCUUCUUCUUUUCUUCGAAGUCGUUCUGCUGCUAAUGUAUCCUGUGCUAUGAGGCGUUUUCUUUCGAAUUCUCUAUGCGCGACAGAACUAUCGCUCAUGUGUUUUGUUUUAUCAAAAGUAAUCUGUAUGAAAUAAUGAAAAUGAGAAAACCAUAUUCUUUACUCUAUUAUUGUCUAUAUAAAUCGAUAUAAUUUGCAUACAAAUGUCUAAAUGGCAAGCGCACCUUAAUAGAAGCUGUGAAUGCCUUGUCUCCUUCCUUUUUAAGUAGUUUCAUGCCACGCAAUGCAUCCAUAGCUCUAACAAAAUCCAUAUACUCAACAUACUGAAUAUAUGCGUCAAAAAAUAUGCCAUCUUCGUAACUAAACUUAUUUAUAUUUGUACCAAGACGCAUUCUGGAUCUGUAAGGAUCAGCAGCAGGUACAUCGAUUCUUCUUAAUACUCCCCAUUUUUUGAAGAUCUUAUUAAUCAAAGAUUCACUGGGCAUAGUUGCAUUAUCUUCUAUGAACCAUUUAACAGGUAAGCCUGUUAUGUGUAUAGUAUCUGGCCUUUCUCCAGGCUUCAAUUCAUUCAUAUGUUUCGCAUCUCUGAAGUAAGAAUCCCAACUAUGUCUGGUAGGGAACUCAUCCUUCGCCUCUGCUGCGCGGACUUUUAAAACGUUGGGGAAUCCAGACAGAUUCAAACGCUGGGAGUCCAAUCGUGCAAGUACACGUUGUAGUCUGCAUCUGUCUUGCAAGUCCCCCUCCAAUCUGAUAAAUUCCAAUGUACUCUUCGCUACCUUCAGAGAUGCAAACUCGUCUGGUAGUAUAAGGGCACGAAUCUUCUCCAUUACUUCCCAUGUUGAUAUUGUUUUUCCUGUUUAUAUCGCAGUUAAUUUUCUGUAAAAACCUACUGUGCUAAAAAUGUUGCAUACAUAGUUAUAGAGAUUGACACGGAAUUUGAAACAAUAACUUGUUGUUUCCUGCUACAAAAAAUCAACAUGAUUAAUCAGUGCAUUUCAAUCAGUAAAUAGAGACCGUACAAACGUAAAUUUGAACACAAACAUAAUUGCAAUCGUUCUCAGUAAAUAAAAAAAAAAAAAAAAAAUGUAGACGAAGACAAGAUACGUAUCAUUCGUGAUCACUUUACCUGGAACUUUCAAUUGAGGAAGAUUAACAGAAACAUUUAUCUUUGCAACUGGUUUUAAAUAAAGCGCUCGUUGCGUGUACAGCGGCACGAUAUCACUUAAAUCCCUACAGCUUCGAAAUUGGUUAACAACCUCACUACUGGAAUUUUCACCUACCUUCUUACCAUCGCUCAUUAUUAAUCUAACGUAUACUUUCUACACGACAACAAAACGCGUUAUGAAAUUGCGGAAUACAAUAAACAGAAGGUUAUGACUAGUCUUAAAUAUCUAUCUUACGACAAGGUAAACGCUAGCGAGAUGAAAACUACUCAGUAGAGAGGUUGUGUAUCCAUUCGAAACGAAGAAGAAAUCUCCCUCAGACUCAAAACAAUUCUUCACUUCAACGUUUAUUAACGGGUUGUUCACUGCGUGACUCGAUUCACUUUUCCAUUUACCGACUUAAAUCUCGUACGACGAAAACAGAAUCAUAUCUCAGCCUUCAAGCUCCGCCGAUCGAACACUUUAAAUGCGGACAAUACUCCAGAACAUACACGAAACACAUUGUGCGAUGGCACGGCCCAAAUCGUUGUGUUACAUAUCGCGUAUAUAUACUAGACAUCUAGGGAAUUUUUAGAAUGUUUGGACUAGAGAAUUUUGUUUCGCCACCACCAGGUGGAACUAGCUACACGAUUGGACGAUGCACUAGCGACACACACCAAGCGCCAUUUGUUUGGACGCUCAAUUUUCGGUCAGUUGUAUUCGGAAAGUGCGGCGAAUGAUUGCAAGAGUGGAGGGAAAAGUGACGCGCGUUUUACCUGCAAGAAGCACGCGAACGUGAUUGCAAAGGAAUAAGAAAUUACAAAACGUGUACAAAAGCAUGAUGCGUGAAAAAUCGUGCACGCCGAAUUAUCGUCGUAAACUAAAUAAUCGCCUGUCGUGCACGUAAAAUUCGUGAUAUUUACGGUCGUGAAGCUUUGGGAAUCGAUUGUUAACUUACAGGGGAAACGAAAACGAAAGAGAGCACAAUGUCCCUGAGCGCGAGCGCGGAGAAUUUAUCGUCGGAAGGGCAAGUAAGUGAACUAUACUAAUUAAUACACUUCUCCAUGACUCGCAUGACUCAUACUGUUCUAUCAUUAUUGUGCACAAUUAAUUCACUUUUAUUCGUUUCACUGUUUACUGUUUGAACGCUUGUAUAAUUUCUCGAAGACUUUCGCGGAUAAUAAAAAAUACAUUGGGGAUAAUGAAAAAUAUCAGUUGUUAUAUGUAUAAGUUUUGCUGCUCAACUUACAUAUAUUCACGUAUCAAUCAAUGAAUUUAUUAUUUUUAUAAUACAAGCUUUCCAUGAGUUUAUCAUUCGUUUCAAAUUACCAAUAAAAAUGAGUCGAAGUUAGCAUGAAUACUUGAAUUCUAUUUAUGAUCAAUUUAUUGUAGUUGCUUGUUCAGCCACUCCCAUGAUCAUUCCUUUCCUCUCCCUCUUUUUUUUUUUUAAUAAAACCAUAUUGUAAUUAUGCAUUGGACAUUUUGUAAUUAUUCCUCUAAUUAUUGCCAUACAAUUCUAAUAUAUCUGAUCUGAAAAGUCUUGUUUUCUGAUGGAAUAAUAAACAAAUAUGUCACUGAAACUUUUUAUAUUUGACAGAAUAGUGAAAGGUGGAACAUGUGCCUUGAACUGGCUCUCGAGGGUGAGCGUCUAUGUAAGGCUGGAGAUUGUAAAUCUGGGGUGGCAUUUUUUCAAGCUGCAAUUCAAGCUGGCACAGAUGAUUUAAGAAUAUUAAGUGCAAUCUACAGCCAAUUAGGAAAUGCUUACUUUUAUCUUGGAGACUAUGUGAAAGCAAUGCAAUAUCAUAAAUUAGACUUGACACUUGCACGUAACAUGGGAGAUAAAUUAGGAGAAGCUAAAUCUAGUGGAAACUUGGGAAAUACAUUGAAAGUCAUGGGGAAGUUUGACGAAGCUAUGAUCUGUUGCAAAAGACACUUGGAGAUUUCAAGAGAAAUUGGGGAUAAGCUAAGUGAAGGAAGAGCUUUAUACAAUUUAGGCAAUGUUUAUCAUGCUAAAGGUAAACAAGCAGGUAGAGUAGGUCAUCAAGAUCCUGGAGAAUUUUCUGAAGAUGUCAGACAAUGUUUACAACAGGCUGUACACUACUAUGAAGAAAACUUAGAAUUGAUGAAGGAAUUGGAAGAUUCUGCUGCUCAAGGUAGAGCUUGUGGAAAUUUAGGAAACACAUUUUACCUGCUUGGUGAUUUUCAACAAGCAAUUUAUUAUCACAAUGAAAGACUAAAAAUUGCCAGGGAAUUUGGUGAUAAAGCAGCUGAGAGGAGAGCAAACAGUAAUUUAGGAAAUUCACAUAUAUUUCUUGGUGAAUUUGAGAAAGCUGCACAACAUUAUAAGAGAACUCUAGUCCUUGCACAAGAGUUAGGUGAUAGAGAAGUAGAAGCACAAGCAUGCUAUUCCUUAGGAAAUACAUAUACUCUAUUGAGAGAUUAUCCAACCGCGAUAGAAUACCAUUUGUGGCAUCUUGAAAUAGCACAACAGCUUAAGGAUCGUGUAGGUGAAGGCCGUGCCUGUUGGUCUUUGGGCAAUGCAUACGCUGCAAUGGGUAAUCACGAGAAAGCAUUACACUAUGCCAAUCUGCAUCUGAAUAUUUCCAAAGAAUUGGAAGAUCCAAUGGGACAAGCUACUGCACAAAUGAAUGUUGAUGAUUUACAAAAAAUUCUGGGAUUGGAAAAAGGACAGCAAGAAAAUAACAAAGAAAAUAUUGGACAAAAACUGUCGACCAAUACAGGCUCAAAUGUUAAUAUAUCUUCACCAUGUAGAUAUAGACUUAGACGGCAAAGUAUGGAUAACCUAGAUCUCAUUAAGCUCACACCGGAUGCAAAAUUAAAAGAGCAAGCUGAAUCUCAAACAGAUAAAAGUAAUAACGCGACACCGCAACUUACUCAAAAGGAAGAAGAUAGUUUCUUUGAUCUUCUCUCUCGUUUUCAAUCUGGUAGAAUGGACGAUCAACGUUGUGCAUUGAAUAUAAAUCGCAAUUCGAAAUUUAAAACAAUAACACCUGAGAUAUGCGAAUCCGAUGAUAAAGAUGGAGAAGAUUUGCUAGAAUUGAUUGCUGGAAUGCAGAGUAAAAGAAUGGACGAGCAACGAGUGACGCUGCCUUAUUUGCCUGGCCUAAACAGUAAUCAAGAUUCUGAUGAUUCCUUUAUUGAAAUGUUGGUUAGAUGUCAAAGCUCGCGUUUAGAAGAUCAGCGAAGCCCUUUACCAGCAGCAUCAACGGUACACGAUGCUGAAGAGGAACAUAACCAAAGAUCUAAUGGAACUACUCAAGCAGGAUCAACUGUGCCUGAAGAGGAUCUUUUUGCUUUAAUACAAAGACUUCAGGCGGGACGAAUGGAAGAUCAAAGAGCCUCUGGUCCUGGCAAAGCU